AUGAAAUUACCAAGUAAUAAACUUAAUAUUUUUAAUAAAAGAUAUUCAUCUACUAUUAAAAAUUCAAUUAAAAAUAUAAAAAAACGACCCACUAAUAAUUUAUCAGCCAAAAUGUCUUGUCCAAUGAAAAACUUUGACGUUAAUGGUGUUAGAAAGGACAGAAUAGUCACCACUUCUAACGGUUAUCAAUUGAAUUCAUCGUUUGCUACUCAACGUGUCGGAGAACAUGGCCCUCUAUUGUUACAAGAUAAUGCUUUAUUAGAUAAUUUAGCUCAUUUUAACAGAGAAAGAAUCCCUGAAAGAAACCCUCACGCUCACGGUUCUGGUGCUUUCGGUUAUUUUGAAGUAACUCAUGAUAUCUCAGAUAUUUGUGGUUCUGCAAUGUUUGACACAAUUGGUAAAAAGACAAAAUGUGUCACUCGAUUUUCUACUGUUGGUGGUGAAAAAGGAUCUGCUGAUACUGUUAGAGAUCCAAGAGGUUUUGCUACAAAAUUUUAUACCGAAGAAGGUAAUUUAGAUUGGGUUUAUAACGCAACUCCAGUCUUCUUUUUAAGAGACCCUUCAAAAUUCCCUGCUUUUAUUCAUACUCAAAAGAGAAAUCCACAAACUAAUUUGAAAGACGCCGAUAUGUUUUGGGAUUAUUUAACUACUCCGGCUAAUCAAGUUGCAAUUCAUCAAUUAUGUAUCCUAUUUUCUGAUCGUGGUAUUCCACAAUCAUAUAGACAUAUGCAUGGUUAUUCAGGACAUGCUUACAAAUGGUCCAACAAGAAAGGUGAAUGGCAUUAUGUUCAAGUUCAUAUCAAAUCUGAUCAAGGUAUUAAAUGUUAUACUUCAGAAGAAGCUGCAGCCAUUGCUGGAAGAGAUCCUGAUAUUUGUCACAGAGAUUUAUUUGAAAAUAUUGAAAAUGGUAAUGCUCCAUCUUGGACUGUAUCCAUUCAAACUAUGACUGAAGAAGAAUCUAAGAAGUUACCAUUUUCAGUAUUCGAUUUAACUAAAGUUUGGCCACAAUCCCAAUUUCCUUUGAGACCUGUUGGGAAGCUUGUCCUAAACGAAAACCCACAAAACUUCUUUGCUCAAAUUGAACAAGCUGCUUUUGCUCCAAGUAAUACCGUCCCAUACCAAGAAGCAAGUGCGGACCCUGUCUUACAGGGGAGAUUAUUUGCUUAUGCAGAUGCUCAACGUCAUAGAAUUGGCCCAAAUUAUAACCAGGUGCCUGUCAAUUGUCCUAUGGCCAAAGGUUUCUUUAACCCAUUGAUUAGAGACGGUGCAAUGAAUGUCAAUGGUAACUUCGGUAGUGAAUCUAACUAUUACAAUACAAAUAGCAAAUAUGAAUUUUUGGAACAAUCAAGACCAAUUCAAGAACAUCAAGAAAUUUGGAAGGGUCCAGCAAUCCCAUAUGAAUGGGUUACAUCUGCAGGUGAUGUUGAUUUCAUUCAAGCAACUAACUUGUAUCGUAAAGUUUUAAGCAAACAAGACGGUGCUCAAGGUAGACUGGCUCAUAACGUUGCCACUCAUGCGGCAAACUGUAAAUCUACCGAUAUGCAAAAGAGAGUAGUUGACAUGUUUACUAGAGUUGAUCAACAACUUGGUAAUGAUAUUAAGACUGAAAUCAGUUCUAUCAACUCGAGUAACGGUAAACCAAAAUUAUGA